AUGACUAAAAAACUCCACAAGCAAAUCACCAAGAAACUAGAAAAAUUACAACAAUCAUUAGAAAACCCCGCCGAAGUUCGGGCUAUUGAACCGGACGACCCUAACAGUGACGCUCUUUACGACUUAGUCGAAAAGUUAAAAGAAAUAUUAAAGUUAUUAGAAAAUAAAGAAAAUGAAAUACUCGGAGCCUGUGAAUCAAAAGAAUUUCCUGAACCUCGUGAUAACACUUGUUUGGACGGAUUUGAAAAAGUGGUAAAAAGAAUCGGCAAAAGUGAUAGAAGGACAAAUAUCGGCCUAAGUGCUAAUGCUACUCCAAUUGACAAAGCUAAAUAUAAACUUUGUAAAAGUAUUCUCAGUUAUAAGAAAGAAAAUAAUUUUGCUACCAAGGAUAUCGCUCAGCAGUUAGGAUUAACCAUUGCUAAAACCGAAAGCAUUUUAUAUUCUCACGUUGACAAACUUGCUUUUGAGGAGUUGGUACAUUAUGCUAACAAUUUGCAUGUUCCUUGUCAAUUAAGAAUUAACCUUCCUUAUGGAAUUAAGGCUUAUAAACUAGUUUGGUGCGUAACUGAUAAUGAACCAGAAGUGUUAGGAUUAAUGGACUGUUAUCGUCAAGGACAGAAAGAUAAGAAAAAAGAAUAA